CUCUAUGAUCGAUCCCCAUAUCCGACAGAAAACAGUGAAAAAAGUUGGGGGCAAGAGCUAGGGUUUGCUUACCAGUUUCGAUGUCUAGUCACGACGACGAUGGCGACCGGCGUACCAGAAGGGUAGGUGAUCACGUUCGUGGAGGAUCGCCUCCGUAUCAUCACAAGCACAAAUCACGUGAGUCAGAUCAUGAUAGGUCAAGGACAAAGGACCAUAACCGAAACCACCAUCCAAGGGACUACAGAGAGAGAAAUGUGAGGGACAACAGAGGAAGACGCAACAAUAAUUAUGGCCGUUCCACGUAUCGUAAUUAUGAAAGGCGCCGUGAUUAUGAUCAAGAAAGAGAGAGGCAUAACAGACAUAGAUCACGUUCCCGAUCAAAUGAAAAAUAUAGAAACAGAUCUAUAUCUCGCUCACGUUCAACUUCUCCAUCCAAAAGCAAGCGAACAAGUGGUUUUGACAUGGCGCCUAAUGUUCCCAAUUUGUUAUCUGGUGGGGGAGUCCCAGGGCAAUUGAUGGGUGUCCCUCAAACAAUGCCAGGAAUGCUCCAAAAUAUGUUUCCUUUUGGAACAACACAGGUUAAUCAAUUGGGAGCACUUUCCAUGAUGCCAGUCCAAGCCAUGACUCAGCAGGCUACAAGGCAUGCACGUCGAGUUUAUGUUGGUGGCCUUCCUCCCAUGGCAAAUGAGCAGACAAUUGCAACAUUUUUUAGCAGUAUUAUGACUGCUAUAGGAGGAAAUUCUGCUGGCACAGGUGAUGCAGUUGUCAAUGUGUACAUUAACCAUGAAAAGAAGUUUGCAUUUGUGGAGAUGAGAACUGUUGAAGAAGCCAGUAACGCAAUGGCAUUAGAUGGGAUUGUAUUUGAGGGGGUCUCUGUGAGAGUUCGAAGGCCUACGGACUAUAACCCUUCAUUAGCUGCAGCUCUGGGUCCUAGCCAACCGAAUCCUCACCUUAACUUAGCUGCUGUUGGGCUUACGCCUGGAAUGAUUGGUGGAGCUGAGGGACCUGAUCGUAUAUUUGUUGGCGGCUUGCCAUACUACUUUACUGAAGAGCAGAUACGAGAAUUACUGGAGUCCUUUGGACCUCUGCGUGGGUUUGACCUUGUUAAGGAUAGAGAAACUGGAAAUUCCAAAGGAUAUGGUUUCUGCAUUUAUAAGGAUCCAGGGGCAACAGACAUUGCUUGUGCUGCUCUUAAUGGCUUGAAAAUGGGAGACAAAACACUAACUGUUCGACGUGCUACAGUCAGUAGUGAGUUGGCUAACACAGAACAUGAAAGUAUAUUGGCUCAGGCCCAACAACAUAUAGCUUUGCAGAAAAUGGCCUUGCAAGCUGGUGGUCUGAAUCUUCCUGGAGUAGGGAUAGGAUCCACAACAACUGCAGGACCUCCAACCAAAGUUUUAUGCUUGACUGAGGUAAUUACUGCUGAUGAACUGAUGGAUGAUGGAGAAUACGAGGAAAUAUUGGAGGACAUGAGGGAAGAAGGGGGCAAGUUUGGAGUCUUGAUAAAUGUUAUUAUUCCCCGCCCAGCUCCAAAUGGUGAGCACGUCCCAGGUGUUGGAAAGGUGUUUCUGGAGUAUUCCGAUGAAGCCGGCAGUGCAAAUGCCAAGGAUGCGCUUAGCGGCCGGAAAUUCGGGGGAAAUACUGUGAGCGCUGUGUAUUACGACGAAGACAAAUACUAUAACAAGGAUUAUAGUGAUUAAAUCGCUCACAUGUGCUCUAAUUUAAUUAAGCCAGCCAGCCAGCCAACCCAUUCGGAUAAAUUUUAUGGCCACUGUAUAGUUUUAGAAGCGUUGUAACACAAACAAGCUCUCUUUUUAAUUCAUUAAGAGGGCCAGUUUUCCUUCGUUGCUGGGGCAUGCGUGUGGAGGCAUAUAUAUGAAUUAUAACAUGACAUUUGUGUCCAGAGAAUACAAAUGGGCAAUGAGAACUGUGGUCUUUGUAAUGGUAGAAA